UAUCUCUACCAGCCAUAUCAUGGCCUGCAAGGCUCUGCGCUUUCCUAAUCGUCUCUUUCAUUAUCAUCUAGCACUUCGUUGGUCUCAUGCUCGUACUGUGUCGCAGACUCACCCCACAAGACCUUCAUGUACAACGGCACAGGAUCUACUUGUUAACCACGUCAACUCCCUUUGACACUUCCGCUGACAUCAAUGCUCCUCUCAUGCUCACGCAAGCAAGUCAAUGCUUAAGCCUAAAUCCUCAUAUACUAUAGUCCUGUUCACGAUAUGGAAUCACGAAUCCGCAAGCUGUUUCAUUCUCGGAGAUCGAAAUCUCAGCACCAUGCCGACCACUCCGAGCUAGAUCUACACAGUAUUCCUUACACUACGGCGACACCCCAGAGUCGCCUGCCAGUUAUCAUUAGCCAUGCUUUACGAAGGUCUUCCCUUGGAAAGCGUCAAAGUGACCUUACGACAGAUCUUCGAUCUUUCUCGUACCAAUCUACCCUCCCGGGCAAGCCGCCUCAACUGGGAGAACGACCUCAGCGAGGCAAUGGACCGGUGAAAUUUCAGACAAGCCGUCGGCUGAGCUCCGGCGAGGUUCUCAUCAGCCAACACGAUUACGAUCGAACAUUGGAAGACAUUCGACAAGGCGAUAUUAUCCUCGCCGGCAAAGAGCGAAAGAACCCACGGGCAUUGUCACAGCCUUCAGCGUCAAUGCCACGACCGAGACUGGCAGUCCUCUCAAGUGCUCCCAACUCACCACGGUCGCAGUCGGCUUUCAGUCCAGUGCGCCAACUAGCGGACCAAUCCCCCCAAAAUGAAUACUACCCACGAUCGCCCCCGGCAUCGUCCAACUUCAUGCACGAGCGUCAGUGGUCGGUUGAACAAUCCUAUCCCUCCGCUGUGUCUGGCCCAGAAGUUAUGGGCCUCGGCAUAUCCAGUCCAACGCAUUCGCUCUUUCCACGUCACAUGGCUUCCACCGCAUCUCUACUCGAGCCUCAUGAAGAAGGCAAUCCUACUCUACAGGCCUUGUGGAGGGCAGAGCACAGUCGCCUUACCUCCAUAUAUGGGGAGGAUGGUGUGGAGGGUGCCAUAUCGGAACUCGAAAAGUGUAGGAGUCCGUCCACCAGUCAUUAUGAUUCAAGAUCAAUGACACCAUUCAUCUUGGACCCAUCUCCGUCAUCGACUGUAUCACUGCAACAAAGUCCAUGUCUACAACAUGACUUUGGGAGAGCCAGAACUCCGCUCAGAAGUCAUAUGUCGACUUCGAACCUUGAGCUUGGGUAUCGUGAUGAUAACUCUGAUGGCUCCUCUCGUAAUCGACAUUCUUUUCUCUCCAACAGCGGAGGAUCUUCCUUUUUCACUACACGGACCAGCAUGGUAGAGGAGUCUCCGAUGACUAGAGAUGAUCUCCGAAGAAUAGUCGAUGAUAUGCGAAUGACGUACCUCCAGGCGCUUGAGGCUGAGGUGCCUCCCCCAUUAGAGAGAUUGCCUGACCUACCGAUUCCCAAAUCUAGGGUCAAAAAGCAGACCCAAUCGCUAGCUUCAUCCGCGUCUGUUGAAAGUGGCCUGAGGUCGAUGGCCGGUCGAAGUAGGACCACAUCUUGGCAACCACCUUCCACAAGUCGGAGGACAUCAGCAUUUUCCCCAUCCAUCAGACCACAGAAGAAAAGAGCCAGCUCUGGCCACAGCCGCAAGACGUCAACCCAGCCAGUUGCUGGCAUCACAGCAUUGUCACCCAUCAAAGCAAGCCCAGCGCGUCCGAAAAGGGUUGAUGCCAACCAGGAAAUUAGCACAGGAUUGAAACGUGCCGAUUCCACCACUUUGGGCUCUUUAGCAAAGGAGCUGAAGAUCCUCGACAAUCGUUCGUCCACUAACUCAUCACAUCCGACGCUUCCCUCCUCGCCCACAUUUUACGACUCGUCGAGCUCUGAAUCGAUUCCCGAAAUCUACAAGAAUGCUCCUUUGGUGGCAGUGAAACCGCUGACAUCUCCUGCGCCACCCACCCCAAGAACGCCUCAGCAACGAGUCGAGAGUUUCGAUGCAUCCGCUGGUGAUACGUCCUCGCAUGAAGAAUCCAACCGUUUCUUUGCGGACGCAGAUAUUGAUCUCGCACUUGACUUGGAUAAUUUUGAGUCACUUUGCGAUGAAUUUUUCAACUCUCCAACACUAUCAAGCGACAAUUUCAGUCAUGUAUCUUUUGAGACAGGGGACGGGAGAAUGAAGGACAGUCCCGUUGCCGGCACUCCUAUCUUGAGCCCAUAUUUAAAUGAGGUCAACUUCCCUCUUCCCUUUCAUACCCCGUCCAUGAACACGGCUCCCCCUGGAAUGUUUUAGGGUACGAUGCACUUUUCGCCCUCCCGACUUUCGGCUUUUCGACUUUUCGGACGACCGAUUAUCAUUUUUAACUAUUGAAUUUUGAUUACGACUACCCUUCCCGUUUUCUCUUGGUUCUAACGACUUUUGAUGCCAUUACUCUUGUAUUGACCUUCUACGAUGUCCCGGAAAUUGAGCUGAAGCGGCCGACGUUGGACGCUCUACUUGUUUCCUCCACGAAUUUUCUUUCUCUUUUUUCAGCCGACCUUUGUCGACGACCUUUGUCGACUUAUGAUGUUAUGUAUCGAUUUGCUCUAGAAUAGUGUUCGGAACAGGCUCAUAUUCUGUGACCAGUCUGUGGGAAAGGUUUCGGUUGGGCUAUGAGAAAAAUGAUGGCUGCUCGCGCGGCAAAAGACCCAGAAUUGGGUCACUUUGAUGAUGUUGAAGAUUAAUACGAAGAUAUCCGAGGAAAUGUACUCCGUAUACUUGCGGUUUCUGCAAGGGAACGAAUGAACAUAAAAAC